GUCUGGGCUGUGAGAGUGGGAGAGUCACUGCACACUGCACGCUACUUCAACUUUGUUUCUACCAUCUGUUUCUUCUCAGAUCUUCCAUUUCCGCCUCAAAUUUCCCUCUUAAUCUCUUCGCUCUCAACCGAGACGUUGUUCCAUGGAACAGUAUGAGAAGGUUGAGAAGAUUGGUGAAGGAACCUACGGUGUCGUUUACAAGGCUCGCGACCGCGUCACCAACGAGACCAUUGCGCUCAAAAAAAUUCGCCUCGAGCAGGAGGACGAAGGGGUUCCAAGCACCGCCAUACGAGAGAUUUCGCUCUUGAAGGAAAUGCAGCAUAGGAACAUUCCAUUUGCUUAUCAAGUUAUGCUUUGUGGUUGUGUGGAUGGCAGGUUGCAGGAUGUAGUGCACAGCGAGAAACGAUUGUAUCUGGUUUUUGAGUAUCUGGACUUAGAUCUGAAGAAGCACAUGGAUUCAUCUCCAGAGUUUGCGAAAGAUCCACGACAAGUAAAAGUGAGUGUUCUGCAGAUAUUCCUUUAUCAGAUUCUCUGUGGCAUUGCUUACUGUCAUUCACAUAGAGUUCUUCAUCGAGACUUGAAACCACAAAAUUUGUUGAUAGAUCGCAGCACUAAUUCACUUAAGCUUGCAGAUUUUGGAUUGGCUAGGGCAUUUGGCAUUCCUGUCAGGACAUUUACACAUGAGGUGGUGACACUGUGGUACAGAGCUCCAGAAAUAUUGCUUGGAUCUUGUCAUUAUUCUACCCCAGUUGAUAUUUGGUCAGUAGGAUGUAUAUUUGCAGAGAUGGUAAACAGACGGCCUCUAUUCCCUGGAGACUCUGAAAUUGAUGAAUUGUUUAAAAUAUUCAGAAUCUUGGGUACACCAAAUGAAGAUACAUGGCCCGGAGUAACUUCAUUGCCUGAUUUUAAAUCAACAUUUCCCAAGUGGCCACCUAAGGACCUAGCAACUGUGGUUCCAAACCUUGAGCCAGCUGGUCUUAAUCUCCUUUCUAGUAUGCUUUGCUUUGAUCCCAGCAAAAGAAUUAGCGCCAGGAGCGCUGUCGAGCAUGAAUACUUCAAAGACAUUAAAUUUGUACCCUGAUUCCUAAUCUUCAUGUCAAAGGUGUUUAUAGUAAUAUGUGCAGAGUUAUUGGGUUUUUACUGUGCGAGAAAUGCGUGCUAUGUUUGCUAUUUUCAUUUCUUGAAUGACUUGUGACUGAAUCAUAUUUCAUUUUUUGUCCUUACAAAUAUUUCAGAUUCGA